AUGGACGCCGAGCUAGAUGCCGAGCCUCCUUGCCUUGCAGAUCUCAAUGACGACCUGUUGCGGAAGAUUGCCAGUCGGCUUGCCGAGUCUGACCUGGCUUCCGCCGUCGCCCUCAAACGAUGCAGCAGCCGCUUCAAGGACCUCGCCACCCCGCUGGUGGCAAACGCCGUUUCAAGGAUAAACACGAAGUGGCGGGAUGCGGCAGAUAAAAUCGGCGACGAGGGCGCUGCUCGGAUCAGAGGCGGACUCGAGCGCAACGAGGUGCUGACCACCCUCGCGCUCCCGCACAACAACAUCGGCGCGGAGGGCGCAGCCGCGAUCGCGGAGGCGCUACGCGGCAACACGGUGCUGACCACCCUCGACCUGAGCGGCAACGAGAUAUGCGGCAUUGACGAGGACGGUGAUGGUGCGUACGAUGCGUCCGGCAUCGUUGCGCUCGCGGACGCCCUCAAGGUCAACGGGGUGCUGACCACCCUCAACCUCGCCAACAACCAGAUCCGCGACCAGGGCGCCGCUGCGAUCGCGGAAGCGCUGCGCGGCAACGGGGUGGUGACUGAGCUAGACAUCUCCUGGAACCAGAUCGGCCCCACGGGUGCCACCGCGAUCGCCGACGCCCUUCGCGUCAACGGGGUGCUGAGCAACCUCGUGCUCCGGGACAACAACAUCGGGGACGAGGGUGCCGCUGCGCUGGCCUCUGCUCUUCGCGUCAACGAGGUGCUGACCACUCUUGACUUGUCGGGCGACCCAUACAGCAGCGGCGGCAUCGGCCCCGAGGGUGCCAGCGCGAUCGCAGAGGCCCUUAAGGUCAACGGGGUCCUGACCUCCCUCAAUCUCACUGGAAACAAAAUCCGCGCCAAGGGCGCCGCCGCAAUCGCCGAGGCGCUGCGCGGCAACGGGGUGCUGACCUCCUUGAACGUGGGCUUCAACAGCCUCACCGAGGAGGCGGCCCUCGGCAUCGUGCGUGCCGAGCGGCAGCGCAACAAGCUGACCUCGCUGGGCUUGGCUCGCUGCAACAUUGGCCCGACUGGCGCCGCAGAGAUCGCCGAGUACGCGUCGGGCAGUGAGGUGCUGACCGACCUCAACAUCAGCGAGAACAUCAUCGGUGCCGAGGGCGCCAAGGCGAUCGGCAAGGCACUCGCGGUCAACGCGGUGCUGACCACCCUCGUGCUCUCCGACACCCGCAUUGGCGACGAGGGCGCCAAGGCACUGGCCUCCGCUCUUCGCGUCAACGAGGUGCUGACCACCCUCAACCUCUCCGACAACGACAUCCGCGAGGAGGGUGCCAAGGCGCUAGCAUCCGCUCUUCGCAUCAACAGGGUGCUGAACAACAUCGACCUCCGCUACAACGAUUUGGGCGAGGAGGGGAAGGGAGUGAUUCGAGAUGCGGGUGCUCUGAAAAGCAUCAACCUCGAGUACAACAUCAACAAGUUGGGCGACGAGGGGAAGGGAGCGAUUUGGGAUGCGGUGAGCGGGCGGGUAGGGUUCGAGCUCCCAGGAUAUGUCAUAUGA